AGUAGCGAUAUAGCGGGGAUCGUUGAUUUAUUAUCGAUAAUAUACAACAUCGAUAUUUUUUUCGUUAAUUUUGCUGUUGAAUCAGAAUGACAGAAAAAUGUAAAUAUAACCUUACUUUCAUAACUAAAAAAAUGUGUUUUGCCAAAAAUGGACAAUUUAGUAGAACAGUGUGAGGAAAUUGAAGCCCUAAAAUCUAUUUAUGACGAUAACUGGCGACUGGAAGCGGAAACCAAUUGUUACAGCAUUCAAAUUAAUCCCAAUGUUAAAUUAUUCAUUACCUUGAAUGAUGAUUAUCCGUCAAAUAAGCCCCCAAAUUUCGAGUUAUUGGCUCCAACAUUACCGCUGGAGCAGAAACAACUAAUUUGUGACGAAUUUAGCCGCAUUUAUGAAAGUAGCCAGGGAAGCCCUAUUCUGUUUCAAUGGAUAGAAAAGUUGAAGGAGAUUGUAGACCAAUGUUCAGAGGUUGCAAAUGCUUCCCAGCCAGAAGAUUUGAACGAAGUGGAAGAGAAGCAAGAAAUAAGAAAAGAAACGGUUCUAGAAGUGAUACAUGGGGAUAUUAUACAAGACAGGAAAAGUGUUUUUCAGGGUCACUUAGCUCGGGUUCACUCGUUACACGAGACAAAAGAAUUUAUAAAUCAUUUACUUGAUAAUAAGAAAAUUGCCCAAGCAACUCAUAAUGUCUCAGCUUAUAGAAUACUGACUCCUCAAGGAACAAUUCUUCAAGACUGUGAUGACGAUGGUGAGACACACGCUGGAGGACGCGUUUUACAUUUAUUACAAAUUUUAAAUGUGACCAAUGUGAUGGUCGUUGUUUCUAGAUGGUAUGGGGGUAUUCAGUUGGGCCCAGAUAGAUUCAAACAUAUAAAUAAUGCGGCAAGACAAGUUUUAGUCCAAGGAGGUGUCUUACCAUCAUGAUUUUUAUUGUUAACAUUUGAUUAAAGAAAUAAAGUUAUGGAUCGUUUAA